AGUCGAACCAGUCUUAUUUCAAAAGCGAAACGAGAGAAAAGCAGAAGCUUAAAGAAAGCACUGUAAAACUAUCUAAACAAACCCUAUCGAAUAAAGUUAUAACAGUAAAUUUUACAAGUAAAAAAGAAAAAGAGAAUAUCAGAGAAACAUCCAAGAUGCCUGCAAUUGGUAUUGAUUUGGGAACAACUUACUCCUGUGUAGGAGUUUGGCAACAAGGAAAAGUCGAAAUCAUUGCGAACGAUCAAGGCAACAGAACAACACCAAGUUACGUUGCAUUUACAGAAACUGAACGUUUGAUCGGCGAUGCUGCAAAGAACCAGGUGGCAAUGAACCCGGCCAAUACCGUUUUCGAUGCAAAACGGUUGAUUGGCCGCAAAUACGACGACCCGAAGAUCCAAAACGAUAUUAGACAUUGGCCGUUCAAAGUGGUCAACGAUGGAGGAAAGCCUAAGAUCCAAGUUGAAUACCGCGGCGAGAACAAGAGGUUCAAUCCAGAAGAAAUCAGUUCUAUGGUAUUGAUUAAGAUGAAGGAAACUGCAGAGGCUUACCUUGGACAGACUGUUCGAGAUGCUGUCAUUACGGUACCAGCUUAUUUCAACGAUUCACAGCGUCAAGCUACCAAAGACGCUGGUGCAAUAGCUGGCUUAAACGUACUUAGAAUUAUAAAUGAACCUACAGCCGCUGCACUUGCUUAUGGCUUAGAUAAGAAUCUAAAAGGAGAAAGGAACGUAUUGAUUUUUGAUCUGGGAGGUGGUACUUUUGACGUUUCUAUUUUAACCAUCGACGAGGGCUCGCUCUUUGAGGUAAAAGCUACAGCGGGCGACACGCAUUUGGGUGGUGAGGACUUUGACUCGAGAUUGGUUGAUCAUUUCUGCAAAGAAUUUGAGAGGAAAUAUAAAAAGAACAUGAGAAAUAAUCCCAGAUCACUGCGAAGACUUAGAACGGCUGCUGAACGGGCAAAGAGAACUCUAUCUUCGAGUACGGAAGCGACGAUUGAGAUUGAUGCUCUUUACGAGGGUGUAGAUUUCUAUACGAAAAUCUCUCGUGCUCGUUUCGAAGAACUUUGCGCUGAUCUCUUCAGAUCUACUUUGGAACCAGUAGAAAAGGCACUCGCAGAUGCGAAAUUCGACAAACGAUCGAUAAACGACGUUGUCCUUGUUGGUGGUUCAACUCGUAUUCCAAAGAUCCAAAAUAUGCUACAGAAUUUCUUCUGUGGCAAACAGUUGAAUCUUUCCAUCAAUCCUGACGAAGCUGUAGCUUACGGAGCGGCAGUACAGGCUGCUAUACUCACCGGAGAAGGUUCCAAUAGUUCCACCCUACAGGAUGUACUUUUGGUCGACGUGGCUCCGUUGUCUCUUGGUAUUGAGACUGCUGGUGGUGUCAUGACUAACAUCAUUGAACGUAAUGCUCGCAUACCAUGCAAGCAGACGCAAACGUUCACCACCUAUUCCGAUAAUCAACCAGGAGUAUCGAUUCAAGUUUACGAGGGUGAACGAGCAAUGACCAAAGAUAAUAAUUUGCUUGGCAGAUUCGAAUUAAGUGGUAUUGCACCUGCUCCACGUGGUAUACCCAAGAUCGAGGUUACCUUCGAUAUGGAUGCCAAUGGAAUUCUUCACGUUACUGCCAAGGAUACUGCUAGUGGCCGUAGCAAUAAUAUCAAAAUAACCAACGACAAGGGUCGCUUGAGUAGAGAUGAAAUUGACAGAAUGUUGGCAGAAGCAGAACGUUAUAAAGAACAAGACAAGGAACAGAGAGAGAAGGUUUCUGUUAGAAAUCAAUUAGAGAGCUACGUCUUUUCAGUUCAACAAGCGGUUAAUGAUAGCGGAUCCAAAUUGACCGAUACUGACAAAAAUCAAGUGAGGGAGAUAUGCGACGAAACUAUUCGUUGGCUGGAUAAUAAUUCCCUUGCAGAAAAGGAAGAAUAUAAGCACAAAUUGGAGGAAUUGCAGAAGCAGUGCUCACCUAUCAUGAUGAAAAUUCAUCAGGGUGGAGCUGGUGGACCCCAACAGGAUUGCGGCGGCCAAUACAGACAACAAAACUACGAUAACUCCGGACCUACUGUAGAAGAAGUAGAUUAAAUUCAAUAGGAUCUACGAAUUAUUUUAUAUUUUUGAAAAAAUGUAACUAUGUUUCAUUUUUUUUUAUAUCUGUACCUGAUCGAUGUAUAUUUCUUUUGAUAUUCUUUUAUAACUUGAAUGUUCUGAUAUGUUGUUAAGUUUCUAUUACGUAUGCAUAAGAAAAUUGUAUUUAAUUUAAUUUAUUAAUUACCUAUUAAGUGUAAAAAGAGUAUUAAGUAAAACUUUCAAACGAGAGAUUUACUCAUAUCAUAUAUAUCCUAUGAUUUUGAUAAUAAAUUACUACGUAAUUAUAUUUAUUUAA